ACGAUUGACGGGCUAGAUCUUAACUGUAAGACAAGGAAGAAGAACCCAGUGAACUUUUCCUGUGAAUACUUUGGGAACUUCCUUUCUUCAGCAGAAUCAAAUCCAGAAGUCCAUCCCUGGCCCUCCUGCCCUCUGGCCUUUGACGAGCAGCAAUUUCUUAGUCAACAUGAGCUGCGCAGUCGUCCUAUUCCAGAUUUGCACUCAGUAAAUCCACUCCGACCAGGAGAUUCUUGCCCAGAGUAUCAGCAGCGGCAGCAACAGCAUUCUGAUGAAAACAACCGGGGGGCCAAAGCAGACAAUCAAGCAAGGGGAGAUUCUAAAUCCUUGUCUGGGAGUAUAACUGAGAGGGGGACUCCCCUAGUUCACCCCAGCUCCCAGACAGGCAAUUGAGUGUUGAAGGUACAACUCAGGCCAGCCCCUAGGACAUGCUCUGGGAAAGCGCACAAGGUUCUUGAGAGGGUAGAAGCCUGAGGAUUUGGAGCAGUGGAGUUUGGAGAGCGUGGACUAGAUUUCAGCCAGAAGACAAACUUACUCAGACACAAGGCAGUCACAGGGGAAACACGCGUGUGCAGGGAGUGUGGGCGAGGCUUCGGUGGGAAGUCACAUUUCAUCAGACAUGAGAGGACACACACAGGGGAAAAGCCUCAUGGGUGCGGGGAGUGUGGGCAAGCUUUUAGCUGCAAGUCACAUGUCAUCAGACACCAGAGAACACACACAAGGGAGAAUGUGUGCACAGUGUAUAGGUGAGGCAUUACGGAAAAAUCAGACCUCAUGAAGCACCAGAGGAUUCACACAGGAGAUAAGCCUUAUGUGUGCAGGAACUGUGGCUGUGGCUUUAGGGUGAAAUCAUACCUCAUCACCCACCAGAAGAUGCAUCCUGGGGAGGAGACUUGUGUGUGUGUGUGAGCUUUUAGCCACAAGACAGUCCUCAGCACACAGCAGAGGACACACACAGGAGAGGAGCCUUACAAGUGCAUGGUGUGUGGGCAAGGCUUUAGCCACAAGUCUACUCUCAGCACACAUCAAAGGACACACUCAAGGGAAAGGCCUUAGGUGUACAAGGAGCAAGGGUGUGACCUAGCAACAAGUUAUCCAUCAGACACACCAGAGGACACACACAGGGGAGAAGUCUUGAUUGUAAGGGAAUGUGGGCUAGGCGUUAGCUGGGUAUCACUCCUCAUUACACAGCAGAGGAUAUGCUCAGGGAGAAAUCUUAUGUACAGGGAGUGAGGGUAUAGUGUUAGCUGGAGGUGGCCUCUUAAGAAACACUGAGACUCAGGAGCCUGGGUGGUUUAGUGGGUUAAACACCUGGCUCUUGAUUUCAGCUCAGGUCAUGAUCUCUCAGUUCAUGAGAU